AUGGAGAGCAACGGAGCCGUCCAUAAAAUCCAGGAAAAGAGAAAAAAGCGGAAAAUUCUUGACCUAGAAGAACCCAAUUUUGGGAGCGCCAACGUGAGUGCCUAUUCAAAUGCCAGGGUUUGUACUAAUCGGAACUGUGCUUCUGCGGACGAACCCCGACACAGAAAAAAAAUCAUCAAGUUGAAAAAUAGGAAGAUAGAAGACCUCUUCGUUAUAAAGAACUUCCUUCCCAUAUGCGAAGAAUUUCUCAUAAAGCACCACGAGAAUAUUUUUUCAAACUUGUUGUCAAAACAGGAUGAGGAAAAGAGGAAGAAAACUGAAAACGGGGAUUCCUUACAGGCGAUUAAGGAGGGGGAAGUCGGACAAGAUGAAUCCGAAGUAGGUAUGAAGGUGAUUCAGAUAGAACAGAAUAGUGAUCGUAGAGGGGGAGAAAUCAAGGAGGAAGAACGGACGAGGAGAAAGGUGAAAAGGAAAAAGAGAAGCAAAAGUUUGGACAACAUGGAAAGGGGAUGCGAAAGUGUAGACCACUUGGAGGAUAGCCCCACGGUGAACAGUGAAGAGGGGUCUACGCCAAACGAUCACCAAAGCAACCUAUACAAAAUGUUCGUGCAACACACCAAGCAGUGCCUCCGAGAAAUGGAUCUCCCCUUCGAUAGAGCGGUCCUCCUGAACAUAGUAGAUAAAAAAGACAACACACACAAAAUAAUGAAAAUCGUAAAUAAAAAAAAAGUUAUCACUGCAUUUGGAGAAACAUGGGAGUGCAUGAUUGAGCACAUCAUGUCUCUAAGGGAACACAAAAAUCUCAUGAAGAUAUAUGACAUAUACGACGAUGAAAAAAAUUUCUAUAUGAUUAUGGAGAAGCUACAUGGGAAGGAACUUUUCAAUUUUUUGGUUUAUAAAAAGCAGGUGAAAGAAAGUGUCUGUAAGUAUAUAAUUAGCCAAAUAUUUCAAGCCAUCAACUACCUCCACCACCAUAACAUUAUCCAUAGGGAUAUAAAACCUGAGAAUCUUAUGUUCAGAAAUAAAAAGAGGAAGGAUAAAACAUAUCAAUAUAAUUAUGAGUUAGUCCUAAUAGAUUUUGAUACUUGCCAAUUUCUUUAUCCCCUCGACUCAGAUCAUCUAGCUCCUUUGUACUGCUCUCCAGGAACUACCAAUAUAACUAACAGCGUUUCUCCAUCCUCCUGUGCAAAUGGAAUGGAGAGCGAUUGCCCCAAGUUGUGCAAACAUAGAGAAGUAAAAAAAAUGGAACAGAAAAAAGGGAAUUUCCCUGAGGAAAUUCGAAAGAAAUUGUCCAAGCCUUUUAGUGAGAGAAGCACAAGUGGAAGGAACACACAACAUCAGAGAAGCGGUACAUCUAACUUAUGCCAUCAUUCUGGACGCCAAGAAACAGGAACCAAAUCGUCCCUAAGGAAGAAGCACAUGAAGCUUGUAGGCACUUACGGAUACAUAGCCCCUGAAAUAAUUAAAGGAUAUAAUUAUUCAAUUUUAUCAGACAUGUGGUCCAUAGGAAUUAUUUUCUACAUUCUCAUGACGGGCAUCACCCCCUUGCCCAUGUGCCUAAUGGUGAACUACAAAAAUACCAAGGACAUUAUUUUGAAGAAGGAAAAAAAAGGAAUUAAUUUUAGCCUCCUCUCUUUUAAUAGAUACCCCUUGGCAAGGGACUUAUGUGAGAAACUCUUACAGUUCGAUCCCGCUGAUCGCAUGCCAAAUUCUGUGAUCGCAUCACAUCAUCCUUGGUUAAGAUAUUUCAAUAUGCUUGCAAGAAACAUCACCUUAUGUCCAUCUGGUAAAGAGUACCUAUCACCUUCUCACCUCAACCAGAACCUUCUUCAUAGCGCAACCUACGUGAAUAGUAAGAGACCUCGCUAUGAAGAUAGGAACUCCCAUGUUAUCCUCCCUUACCACAUACACCAACAAAUGUACCAGAAGGAAGAUUUACACCCAUUUCUGUCCCUCUCCAGUGAGCAAAAAUAUUACUACCUCAUCAAUCAAGGGGUAAAAAAUUAUUACGCUCUCGGUAAUGACAUUUUUCCCCAUUCAGGAUUGUCCACCUCCAUAGAGAGACUCCCAUAUCUGCGUGGGGGUAACCUCAGCGGCGACACACUACCUGUGUGUGACGAGAAGAUCAUUGCCACGGUGUACCCUGCGCAAAACAAUUUUGAGGAGAAAAAAUAUCCCAUGAAUUACUACCAUCACAGAGACAGUAAACACUCCCCAAGUAUAUCCCACCAAUUUAGCGGGGGGUACAAUGGCGCUGAUGCUGGGAGUUUACACGCAGGUGAGGAAAUGACAUCCGUUCUACACACAGAGAAAAUGACAAGCAGAGAGGGCGACGAAAUGAAAGAUGAACUGAAGGAUGAACUAAACGAUGUUGAUGAGGAUGACCAUAUGGAGGAUAAUGAAAAAACGAACAGUGCACAAAGGAGACGCUCUUUCCGCAAAAAAACGGGAAAAUUUUUCACAAACCUCAAGGGGAAAAUCAUUGAUGGUGCGAUUCCCCCGGAGAGUGAAAAUGCACAAUAUGCUAGCCCUCACCGAUAUAUUCUCACUCAAAGAGCUUUGCGCAAUCGUGAUGAUAAGCACCCCCUAACAGGUAGCCUUGACUCCAUUUCCGUCCACCCAGACGAGGAGCUCACUCCAGAAUGCAACAACUUUGUAGACCUCUUCGAACAUUUAGUCGAAAAGAAAAAAAGGAAAUUCACCAUGGCAGGGAAGACAUUGGAUCAACUCCCUGCCGUUGAAAAUUCUUUUCCAAUGUACUACAUACGGAAUGACGAACCAGUGGAUCGAACAAAAGACGAGAUAAACAGAUUAUUCAAGCGAAAAGAACACACCACCACUAUGAAAGAGAAAAAUGUGGAAUACAUACGAACGAAAAAUUUGUCGGAAAUAUUUGCCUCCCCCUCCAUGUGCAUAAUCCCACAGAAUGAUCCUAUGAAGACGAUUCAGAUUGAUCAUGACUAUAAGGGUGCAUAUGGUUUUUCUCCACAUAGACAUGUUCACCUAUCAAAUAACCACUUCUCCGUUUCACAUAAAGGAGGGGGGCCUAAUGUAAUCCUCCUUCCACAGCCACUUCCUCCUUCAAUUAUUCCCCUUGUUUACCAUCAUUCCAAUGAGCUACGGAACAGUAUUGUGUUAAAUGAUAAGGGACACUUAACAAACGAUAGUGAGGAUAUCGUUCACAUGAUCAGCACCGACAGGCACUCCAACAUGUGUUAUGCGAAUGAGGCACUCAAUGCAUAUGACCCUUGUCAAGUGACUAACCUGUACGAGACACCCAACAGUUUGAAUGAAUCACAGAUCCAACAGCUCACUCUCCAGGAGGAACACAUAGAUGGCAUGCAAAAUCAGCAGGACGCGGAUAACGGCAAUUUAUCAAGAAUAACCACCAGGAGUAUGUUAGCACAAAAUCUUAACAUACCACCGAUAUAUGUCGACCUCCGCAGAACCUACAAAAAUAACAUAGAAAUGGUUUCCCCCAUAUUCAGAGAAAAUUAA